AUCGCGAGAGUUGAGUCGUGUGUAAAGCUCACCGGUAGUGCACGCUUCUAUUCAAUGAGUCGCGAAAACAUUCCCGCGCAAGUGUUAUAGAACUUGAAACAAAACAGUGUGAAUCAAAGUUGUUGAGAGAAAAUUGUGCUUUAUUGUUUAUGUAAUGUACUCUUGUGACAUAAGUUUGAUUAAAAUUGUUUUCAAAUUAAAUCAAAACUGAAGGAUGUCAAAUUUUCAACGAACAAGAAGCAAAGUUUGGUGGGGUGACGCAUCGCCAAAUAUUGGCAGUCCAGUGGCGCAACCCGAGUGGAACCAAAACAAUCGGAGAGACGAUCAAGAAUGGGAGCCUCAGCUUCCUCAUUGGAUAGCUAAUCAACCCGAACAAAGGAACAAUAGCCACGAUAAUUUAGCGCGAGCGAAUAAUGUGCCAAACCAAUGGCCUCUUCGACACGGCAGUCCAGGCAGCCAUAAGAGCCAAGAUUCAGGGUUCUCUGACUCUGACAGCUCUCCACCGACAUCUCAGUAUUAUUCCUCACCUGAAAGUAGUGAUAAAAACAAAUCAUCAAUCAGUAAUGACUCGAAUAAUAAUGAAAAUAUAACUGUUAAGCAAGUCAACGACUUUACUAACUCAUUAAAUAAUAAAGACGUUGUUGAUAGUUCAAAUGCGUCUGGAAUUGCUAGUGGCGCUACUCCAACACCUAAGCCUAGAUUGAGAAGUAGUAGUGUAAUUCAAACUCCAUACGAUUUACAAAAAUAUUGCGAAAUUCAUAAAGAUGAAGAACAUAUGGAAUUAUUAAAAGAUAAAGAUGAUAACAAAAUAGAAACUAAAUAUCCAGCUCAGAGAAAUAUUAAUGACGAUAAACAAAAUAUCGAUAAAGUUACAAAAACUUAUGAGAACAAUUUUGGUUCAAAUUCCACAAAAAAUGUUAAAAGCAUUAUGUCAAAAAAUAACGCUCAAAACAUUACCAUAAAUAAUAACGAGAAUACUCCAAAUUCGAGUGCAAUACAAGUCGAUACCAAAGAUAUAUCUGUAAAAAAUUUAAAUAUUUUAAGUCCUUCUAAAAAAUAUCCAGUUAAGAAAUGUGCACCGGGCCCUGAUACUGAUACUAAAACAAUAAAAUUAGCAAAAGUAAAAGAUUUAGAAACGAACAAAAAUAAAUCCGAUGACAGUAUCGAAUAUAUAAAACUAUGUCAUGAUAAUGAAAUCGCAGUCAAUAAUCAACCAAGAGUUCGUACACCAAUAACAAACGUAUCGUAUGUUCCAACAGAAAGAAUAUCUGCAGCAAGAACUGAAUUUAAACGUAGCACGUCAAAUGAGGAAAAUAUUCCUAUUUCCACUACUCCUAAAUUUCAAAGAAAUAGACUAAAUCAGUCGCUUAAUUUUGAAGGACAGAGAUUAGAUCAACAAAUAUUAGAUAUCCAAGAUGGUUAUCGUUCACUAGGAUACAUAGAUGAAGAUAAUUUAUCUGAACAAAAAACUGUUUAUCCGAAAGAACAAAUGCACAAACCAACUAAAGCCUUAUUAGGAAAAAAUAUAAUGGAUAGUCUUCACUUGAAACCUUCAAAAAAAGUUGGCCCUAAAGCGAAACAUCGCACUAAAGGGGAGAAAAUCAAAGAGCCAUUCAAAUUAUUUUCAUCGAAAAAGGAAAAACCGGGCGUUGUUGACAGUAAAGCUGGUGGAAUUUUAAAUGGAAGUCGAGUGCCAUCACUAGGUUUACCUCGGACAUGCGAACAAAGUUCAUGGGUUAUUGUUGGAUAUCCCGAACAACAUGAAAUGUUAAUACCAAAUUAUAAUGAAAGACUUGUUUCAACAGAAAAUAACUCAAAUUUAAAAGAAAAACAUAAAAUUUCGGCAAGUAAUGAUAACGCUAAAAAUGGUAGGCUAACGCCACCACCGCAGUUUCAAGACAAGCAAAAGAUUCCAUACGACACAGGCUCGAAAUCUGAUAAAGAUUUAACACACGAUUCUAAAAGAGAGAAAUUAAAAUUUGAAGACAUGAACUUCAUGGACGUUCAGUUAGACUUAGCAUGUACAUCGACACCAAAAAUGCUCGCACCUCAUGAGUUUAUGAACGGCGUAAAGAACGCCAACAAGAAAACUCCUCGAAGAGUAAAUCUUUUAGAGAAUUUCAACAGCGGGUUAAUUUUAAACAACCGCAACGAGAUUUUGUACAGAGAGAGAAGCAUAGAUCAGACAACAUUAGAACGGUUGUGUGAAAGAAAACCGGAACCGGUUCAGUAUUGGCUAUGUGAUUUGGUUGGUUCCUGUGAGAACGAAUGUAUGACGACACUACAAAGUAAACCUCUCGGUGCUGAGAUGAAAGCUCUUGUAUCAGCCAAUUCAGCCACGAUUACCGGCAAUAUAAAAAAGGUGCAGACACACGGGCAGAUCAUAGUACACCAAUAUAGUGAUGUGAUAAGACAAAUUGAAUCACAACAUACUACCGAAGAGCAAAUAUGUCUUCUAGUAGCGAAUAUUAAUGAAUUCGUACUAGCUCACAGCAUCACGUUGAACACAAAACCUCCCGGAGAAACACCAGAAAGAUGGGACAAAAUCAAAAUCUCCCUUCAAAUUUACCUCCAAAAACUAAUAGAUAUCGGAGAAGAUGUGAAAAUCGAACUAAAUGAAAGUAAACCCGAAUGGAAUUUAAUUCAGAAACAUUUGGAUACGUUGAUCGAAAUAUUUCUAGAAACAACCAAAGCUGUUUUAGUUCAGCAAAUGAAGACGUUAGUGUCAAUUAUUGAAGAACCACCAUCGGACAUGAUUUUAAAGAGCACGCUAACGUCUAUUGGUCAUUUAGCGAUGCUCACGGGGAAUACGGAAAAUUCAUUACACGAAAAGUGUGCUAAGAUAAUGAAGAGUGUUACUGAGCUACCGUUCGUGGAUUGUGGAGUGCCCAGGGCACUAUUAACGGCCAUUAUUGAGACCAAGAAGAGCUCAAUAAAGGCGCUGUCUUUGAGAGCACUCGCAACGGUCUGCAUCACCGGAGACGCGGUCAAGCAGUUUGAGGAGGGUGGUGGUAUAGAAAUACUAUCGGACAUUCUCUCGGAUAAAUCGAACCCAGAGCCCCAGAUGCGGGAAGCUAUCACUGUCCUAACACAGAUCACUGCCCCCUGGCUGAGAGGUCAUUACGAUCUGACACAAUUACAUCUGUUUUUGAAAAGCAUCGUAGAAAAUAUAACAGAUAUUCUUUCUCGCACGGAUUGCUGCCAACUACUGCUGCUCUGCACUGCGUGCCUCGUGAACCUCGUCAGAGAGUUGGAGUUAGAAAAAAAGGAGGACACAAACACUGACACCGAUAUCAUCGAGGUGUUGAUGCAGUACAAAACUCUCGAUAGACUAUUGGACGCGGUGAAACGCCGUGGACCGAAUCUUUCUGUGUUCCUACAGGAGCAAACGGCGGCGCUGCUGUCGUCGCUGUCGCGCGUGUCGCGCUGCGCGCUGUGGCUGUCGGGCGCGCGCGGCGCCGGCGCCGCGCUGUGCUGCUUCGUGCGCGUCGCGCCCGCGCUGGCUCCGCGCGCCGCCGAGUUGCGCGCGCAGCUGCGUCUGCACGCGCACGCCGCCGAGGCCAUAUCACGAUUGGCAGUAGUACCAGAUGUAGCAAGUCAGAUAGUUCAACUCGAGGGAAUUCCUCAUCUUACCCGCUUGGUAAGGUUGCAGCGAACACGCCCUCACACGGACGUCAACCCAGACCAGACUCUCAUACACUGUCUGAAGGCUCUCCGGACCAUUUACAAGCACCACCCGGACGCCUUCACAGACCAGAAAGACGUCGAUGAAAUGAUCAAACCUCACUUAAUGGAAUCUUUAAUGCUAUUUUCUGCUAAACAAGAGAGCUAUGUGUAACAAACGUAUUUAACAUAUUUUCAUAAUGUAUAUAAAACUUAUUAAUUUCGGAUUUCGAAAUAAAUUUAUUUUACAUCAAAUAAAUUAUUAUAACUCUAUUAUUAGUAGUGGACUUCUAAUCACUAGGGCGUCGAAUUUAUCAAUGGAGGAAUCUUAUCACGGCACUGUAUUUUUGUAGCGCCCUAUGUGAUUGUAAUGAAUUUUUACAUAAUUUUUUAUUCAUUAUUUUAUUACAUUAUAGGUUUUUAAGAACAUAGGCGGACAUUGUAUAUAGACGGCUUAUUUAUUAAUUCGCUUGUCUAUAAGAUAACAAUGAAACGGUAAAUAAUCUAAGUGAUUUCACGCUGAGAACAUUCCAAAGAUUAUUUAUUUAGUAACUAACAAACAACUGAGAAAUUAGAUUAUUUUAAUCGUUUAACAAUAAAAUUAUUAAAAGUUUUUAAACUUUAAUCGCACCGUCAUCUUUACCUUUUUUUAUAUUUAAAAAAAAAACUGACAAUUGAAAAAAAUUCAAGCUAUAUUUAAUCUGUAUGGUUCGAAUCCUCUUGUACUGAUUUAAAUUUAUAAUACUUGUAAAUAAAAUGUUUAAUAAUUUAUGUUAUAGUCGCUGAGAGGCCAUAUUUAGGCUAGUCUUAAUCUUACACGUCUGUUGUACUAAACUCCGGCCGCCGAGAGAAUGCGUUCCUGUCGUCUGUCAGUUGGUCAUGACUAGAUGUUACAGAGUAAAAAUAAACUGUAAUAUUUAGUGGAAAAUUAUAACAUUUAUUGUAAGUGCUAACUUUUUUUUUUCUUAAGCGGACGCAAAUUUUCGCUGUAAGAUUAUCCACUUCGCACCAUCGUCAGUGCGUCACCGACCUUGGUAACUGAGAUUUAAUGUCUUGUGUAUCUGGAGUUACACUAGCUCACUCACAUUUCAAACUGGAACGCAACCAAAGUUCGCCAAAGUUACAUCGUCUAUUCGAUCACGGACCUGACGUUAGCUAGAAACGCAUUAUCUAAGCGGCCAGAUAUUAACGUUGUUAUGAUUCUAAAACGCAAUAUUCAUAAUAUUGUUCCGAUAAAUAAAUUUAUAUAUAAAAAUAUCACAGCUCUCAACUCUAUGUAACGUGUAAUACUGUUCAAACUUUUAUAACUUGUAAAAAUAUAUUAAACAAGAACUUGAUUAGUUCUGCGUAUUGUUGUUUAUAAAAUAAAAUAUAAUUCUCUAUUAUAA